AUGAGGUCUCCCCCGCCAGAGGUCCUGAAGACCUGGCCCAAGCCCAACUACAUCGACCCCGUCACUAGAGGCCCGGGGUUGAUGAUUGUCGAGUUGACUCUGCUUCCGAUUGCCAUGAUAGUCGUCUUCCUCAGGCUCUGGGUACGGAUAUCAUGGUUGAAGAAGAGCUGGUAUGACGACUAUCUCAUGAUUGUUGCCAUGAUCUUCAGUAUUGGUACUACCGUCAUUGUCAUCAUGGCGUCUCAGCUGUACGGUUGGGACCGUCAUGCCUGGGACCUGAAGCCACAUGAAAUGAUGGUUGGCAGACAGGCGUCUAUGGCAGGCCAAACAUUAUUUGUACUUGCAUCAUCGACUAUUAAGAUGUCGAUUCUGGUAUCGUACUUCCGCAUCGCCCCUGAAAAGUCCAUUUUCCGCAAGUUGGUGUGGGCGACGUUUGCUCUCGUCUUUGCCGCUUUCAUCGUCUUUCUGGUUGCCCUAUGGGUACAGUGCAUUCCAAUUUCGAGCUAUUGGAAGCUGAAUUCCGACCACCGUGACUGUAUUCCCGAGGGACCCCCGCUUGUCGUACAAAGUGUCCUCAAUGUCGUGACCGACUUCAUGAUCUACGCACUACCGAUCCCCACUCUCUUCUCGCUAUCACUUCCAUGGAGUCAACGCCUCGGAUUGGUCGUUCUCUUUUCCGUCGGUGGGCUUAUUGUUGUUGCCAGCAGCUUCCGAGCCUACUGGGUCCAUUACACACUGUUCCGAACAUACGACGCAACCUGGGAAGGAUACCAGAUCUGGGUAUGGACGGCCAUUGAAACAAACGUCGGUGUUAUUUGCGGAUGCAUCCCGGCGCUCAAGCCCCUACUUUUCCCGCAUCGAGCGAGGCAACAGGGCUCAAGAUACGCAAGCGGCUCGCAACACAGCAAGAAGAAGGAGAAGAUUACACCCGUCAUCGACCAGGUCGAGCUGGACACACGCAGGUUGACAGAGAACAACGACUCGCAGCCUGGGCUUGCUAUCAGCACACACCCAGCCCACCACAGCACCUUCUCGGAGCGGCCGAUGAGUGGCGACACAGACAAAAGUCGGUUCGAGAUUGAUAUAGAGCAGCAAAAAGCCUACAUGUACUGA